AGGAGGUCAACGCCUGAAUAUAAGAAGUUAAAACGGGGUGAAAGUUCCAAAAAGGUUACGCAUCGAAAACAGAAAUACCGUGUGGAAUGGGAACAAGAUUCUAGAUUUAAAGGUUGGAUCACUAAGACUAAUGACUACCGGAAAGGUUAGGUGCCGUGCUUGUAAUUUAGAAUUCACUGCCGAAUUAACCGUAAUUAAAAAUCAUGCUAAAUCUUUGAAACAUGCUCUUAAGGUGAAAGCUUUGCCAAAUACAACAAUUACAGCUAUGUUUAAUAAGCCUGAAACCUCUUUGCAAACUCAGAGCAAAAUUGCUGAAAUUAAAAUCACAGGAUUUUUAACAGAACAUAAUAUUUCUUUUAAUUCAGCUGAACAUUUAACUAGUCUAAUUAAAAGUUGUUUUCCUGAUUCCAAAAUUGCACAGGGAAUGUCACUGGGAAGAACCAAAGCUGCCCAGAUAUCAAAAAAUGAAAUAGGUGCUUGUGCCGAGGAAGAAAUUAUCACUUAUUUAAAAUGCAAUAAAUUCAGAUUAAUAAUUGAUGAAUCCACAGAUAUUUCUUCUGUCAAGACUAUGUGUAUUUGUGUACGAUUUUUUCAUCCCAAAGUUUGUAGAGUGCAAACACUUUUCUGGAAGCUUUUACAAAUGUUUCCAGUGAUGAACCAGAGAAAGCAAAUCAAGGUGCUACUAGCCAAAGGCUAUAUGAAGAAAUACUUAAAAUUGUUUAUUUCUGUUCACAGAUUCCACCAGAAAACGAACAAAUAA